CGCGAACACGAGCAAGGGGCGCUGUUGCACUUAGCACGAGACCAAGCUGACACACAAUUCUCCCUCACUUAGAAACGCAACACAGCAUCUAAACAGGUUGACGGGACGUCCCUUGAUUCGUCUUGCCAUACCACCGACCAGAUCGCUUCGGGUGAACCCACACAAAAUACGAUCUGCACUACAUCCCUGGAUGGAAUGCAAAUCUCACCAUCCGCCACUCUGAUCUAAUCUGGGGUAAUUCUUUUUAACUGAGCUUCGCUUGUCUCAGUUAGUGUGCGCUUGUUCAUAUCCCGACACCGCACCACAAACCGCCAGUAUGAAUCGCUUCAGAGCCAAGAAGAAGGCCAAGGAGGAGGCCGCCGCCGCCGCAAUCGCCCGCUCUAGCGAAGACUCCGAGCACUCCUCCGUGUCAGGCUUCAAGGGGUUCAGGAAGGGCAAGAAGGCACCAGUAGAGGAGCCCAAGAAGGAAUUUGAUCUCUCGACAGCCCUUCCUUCCGACGACAACUUCCGCACGAGUCUUCUCAUGACAAAUCUGUCGGCACGCUUUUCCAUGCUAAGAGAGCAAGACGACCCCAACACAAAGAUUGGCAAGGCCAGCGACGACAGUGUACUAUACCCAAAGCGGCAAUCGCGACUUGCUGACUUUGGUGGGUUUGGUGCAGCCGGCCGAGGUCUUGGGGACAUUGCCGAGGUGGAGUCCAUCAAAGCUUCUUCUCACUUUCUCAGGAGCGAUUCGAUUGCUUCUGCUGACUGGGACAAUGGUGGAAGCAUAUUAACUCGCGGAAAACCUAUUGAGGGUAACAACUUGUUUGGCGGAAGGCAAAAGAUCUACAAGGUGCCUGCUGCCAAGUCUGGCGGCCUAGGAGGCCGGGCAUUGUACGCCGAUGACGAUGUCGCCUUGUCCGCUUUUCAGCGUUGGCGUAUAUCUGAAAAAGAAAAGGAGCAGCAAGAGCAUGAAACUAUAGAGGAGCAUGAGCAGGAUGAGGAGCAUGAAGACCACCAACGAUCCGAGUCACCGCCCCCCUUGGGAUACAAUCGCAAACGGGAGACGAAUUCGACCACCUCGUCGGCUUCCAUGAUGGCCCGCAAUUCCACUGCUGCCAACUCGAUUACAUCACAGCCUGCAGGAUAUGUGUCAACUGCCCCUACUUCAGCCGCUUCUACCCCCACUCUUGACCGAUCGAGACGCCUAUACGAGCAAAGCACGAGCCAAGAUGGGCCAGAACAAUCCUCUUUACUAUCGAGGAUCGAGUCUCUCAACCGCCAGAGGACCGCGGCCUCGGGCGUCAAGGCCCUUGGUGACCGACUGGGCGAGGAACGGACCCUCGCAAGCAAAGCAAGCGCCCCUCAGCUAAGUCCUCCGAUCACUACUCCUGCGACUGGUACUGGGGACUUGGGAAAUGGGGCUGCUCCCCAGGCGGAUCCCAAGCUAAACUUUGGUGGCUCUCCUCCACUCAGUCCCCCAAUCAGCGAGACUGGCGAACCGCACCCUCUGUUGCCCAUUCAGCCUAACGAUGUUGGAAAAGCCACCGCUAUGGGAAAGCCUUCGCAACCAUACGACGAGACCAAGUACGCCCAGCGCCAAAUCCAGCUGCAGCAGGGUCGCGAGACGCCAACCCGUCGCCCCCGGGCAGGGUCUGAUGCUUCUUUCGCUACCGCUCGCUCACGGGAGUCACAGCCCUUUGAGGGACGAGGGGAGCCUCUCAGGACUCAGCCAGCACUGGAAGAGGAGCCCGCAUCUACCGAUCUCGAUUCGCAAACACCCGAAACUCAAGCUUUAGCAGCCCUUUCCGGUCAGCUCAGCCUUCAGCGUCCUGCCGAUGAGGAACACCCUGCGCUGAGGGGGGCUGCUGCUCCACCCCCGCUCUCUAUCAACACAUCAACAAAGCCCGAAAACCCAACAAUUUCAAUCGAAGAGUCAGUCGAGCCUGCAUCGGCAGACUCUCCUACUCUAGGCCCCAACGCUGGACUUGUUCGUUCACACCUUCGCGGUGCUUCCUCGAUCUGGGGUGCUCCCAUUCAAAAUAACCGUCCUGAGCCACGACCGCUCGAUAUGUUGCCGGAGCCCAAGAUUACCCCCUGGAUUGCGCCCGAACAAGAAUGGACACUGGCCUACUACGGAAAUGGUGCCAAGCCAAGCACUGACAACCAGGCACCUGAAGCAGUGCAGAAGGAAACACAUGCCGCAGACUCCGCGCCCUCCAACCGCGCGACCGAUCACGGGCUGUCCAAGCCUUCGAACAGAUCCAGCAAUACCGACAGCGAACUGGACGAUCAACUGGCCGAAGCUCGGCGACGAUCUGAUAGCAGCAGAGCGACAUCACCACCAGAACUUCCCUCCCAUAAAGGUAGCCAAUCGUCCUUGAACCCCUUGGGCAUCAGCAUCCUCAAGGCAAAUAACUCUCUGGUUGAUCGCUCACGGAAUACCUCGGGAAGUCAAUCCAAGUCCAGCCUAAAGCUUCUGGGCCUUGGGGGCACGCGGAGCCCAACCAAGGAUUCAUUUGGCACUAUCAGCAGUUCUCGGAGCCCAACCAAGGAUUCAUUUGGCACUAUCAGCAGUUCUCGGAGCCCAACCAAGGAUUCAUUUGACGAGAGGGAGACAGCCAGGAGCAAGGCGCGCCAGGCUCGUCAUAGUUCCGAGACUGAGCAUGACAACUCAUCUCAGUCCGCAAACGACAAGGAGGAUCCUUCAAACGCUCAUCCAGGAUUGAUGGCAUUCAGAAACGCUAAACGUGAGCUGCAAAAGCGGAAGGAGCUUGAGGCUCUUGCACAACAGCAGCUUUCCACGACCGCGCAGUCUCCGGAUGAAUCAAGCAACAUGGAACCGCUGGCCUUGCAAUCGCCUCCUCCAAGAGCUCCCGCCGGGAGAGGACGAACGCCGAGCAGGGACAGGAAGGUACAUCCGAUGCAGUAUAGUUCACGCGGCCCUAGUCAGGAACGUGGAUAUGGAAUGCAUCGCAGCUCUCCUCCUGCUCACAUCAUGCCUGGUAGCCGUGAGAGAAGUGAUUCAGAAGCCAACCGGGGAAGAUCAACGUCCCAAAGCCGCCGGCUGCACCAUCAUAUGCUGCAACAAGACGGGCAAUUGGCGCCUGGGAGCCCUCGUGGCCCAAUGCGCUCUCCUGGUCUUCCUGGCACAAACAUCAAGCAGUCUCCCAUCAUGCCACCCCAAGGCUAUCCCAAACUUGAUAGAUCCAAGUCUGCAGGAAAUCUGAAAGCCGGCCGCCCAGGAUACAGUGGCUACCCAGGGCAGCCAUCACCCGCAUCGCCAAUGCCUCCUUCGCCGUAUACUGCAGGACCUGCGGGAUCCCCGGCGGGAACGCCAACAUUCGGUCCCAGAUCAAGACAGCCUACAGCUUCCCAGCCAUCUUCAGAAACAGCGAAGCGCUUCGUAGACAAGCGGGAAAUCUCUGAGCCGACGUUUGUGAUGGCAACCAGCCGUAUGCCGACGAUGGAUCUGCCCCAUGGUUAUUCACAGGAAGUCGGGUCUCGCCCGAGCAGCCGCGCGGGAGUACCACCUGUACCUACCACGGCACCUCCAGUUCCACCCAUCAACCCUCGUCGCAGACGCGAGAGCCCACUCGAUACUCCUGAUGGUGCCGGUAUGGGAGUGCCUCGCCCUCCAUUUGCCAAUCAAACAGAGAGCAUGGUUGGAGCGGAUGCUGAAACGCAAAGUACCUUCUCUGUUAGUGACGACGAAGAGGCCGGAAAGUCUGACCACCGGCGACGGUUGCGCAAGCCUCACGUCGAAUCAACUGGCCGUGUUGGGCGAGCUCUUGCUAAUAUGAGGGAGAAUGGUUCAACAUUCUCUCUCAACAAGUCGAGCCGCAGCACAAAUGGCCCUAGUGGCAUGUUCUAA